AUACUUUCAUCUGUUAAUUCAAAUAUUUGAGAAGCAACAGGACUCAUCUCGCCUCACUGUAAACACCAGUUCUCUAGCGUAUUGGAAUCUUCAGAAACUGUAUUGAUCUCUUUUUAGCUGUGUUAAGAGUGGAUCUACGUGAGACCUCUAUCAGGCCUGGUCGGACCCCAUUCUACUGCUCUGCCCCUGGGCCAUGGUACAUCAGAGUGUAGAAGCUGCAAUAUGAGCGUAACUCCAACCACCACCCUGGACAGCCAACUGACCUCUACCUGGGGCUCAACUAAUUCCUACCCCGAUGUGCCGAUGAUGAUGUCUGGUUACACAAGUCGUCUGUGGCCUCAUGACUCCCAGCCUCAGUUCUGGAGUAAGUACCAGGUGUGGGAGUGGCUGCAGCAAGUCAUGGACAUGCACCAGAUCGAUGCUUCCAACAUUCCCUUCCAAAACUUUGACAUGGACGGCCAUCAGCUCUGCAGCCUAAACUACCAGGAUUUCAUCCGUGCUGCCGGCAGCAUGGGACCCAUUCUCUUCCACAACAUCACAGAGCUCAAGUGGAGCGGGCAAUACCAUGUGGAAAUAGGUCAACUGGAUCUCAAACCAGAACUAGAUUUCUCCUGUCCUUUUCCAGAUGUCGGUUAUCCACCAGGAGAAAUCUACGAUCCCGCUAUUCACCCCCUUGCACCUGUUGCCUCUCCCACCCCUUCUAGUCCUGACAUAAAAAGAACUUACAGUCGUCCUCAUCAGGUCAAAAAACACAACCCACGGGGGACCCACUUGUGGGAGUUCAUCAGGGAUAUACUACUGAACCCAGAGCGAAACCCAGGGCUGAUCAAGUGGGAGGAUCGGACAGAGGGGGUUUUCCGUUUCCUGAAGUCUGAGGCAGUGGCACAGUUAUGGGGCAAGAAGAAGAAUAACAGCAGCAUGACCUAUGAGAAACUAAGUCGGGCAAUGAGAUAUUACUACAAAAGGGAAAUCCUAGAACGAGUAGACGGACGCAGACUGGUUUACAAGUUUGGAAGGAAUGCUAGAGGAUGGAGGGAGUCAGAGAAGUGACAAUUUCAUUAAUUUAUGUUUUAUUUGAUGUAUGCAAAUGUGAUGUUUUAUUAUAGUUACUGUUUUUGAUAACGAUACAUUUGAAGUGUUUACACAUUGUUGAUGAUUGUAUGUUUGCAUCAUUUAUUUUUUCUUGAAAUUCAUCUCUUUGUUGUGACACUGCACUGAGCUGUUCUUUAUUGUGCCUUAUUAAGAAACCUUUGCUUAUUAUACCAGCAUGUCAUCAGUCAAACCUCACACACACACACACACAUACACACACACACACACACA